AUGCGAUUUAUUCCAGGGAAAAUAAUUUGUCUUCUAACUGAGGGUUGCUGUAAAGAAAAAUGUGACAAUGAGAAGUGUUUUGGGAGCCUUGGAAGAAAGGAGUUCUCUAUUAAUUCAGGUUUUCAAGAAAUGAUCAAGAAAACAUCACAAUAUAGCCAUCCAUUAAUUCAUCACAUAAUGGAUCCAGAAGCUCAAAAAGAGAACAACGAAGACUAUGAAGACAAGCAGGUGGUUGCGGAGAUCAUGGCAAGAUGUUUUAUCCCAACUCUGAUAACAACAAUCCCCUGGGAAGGUUUUCACUUUGCUGGACAUGAGAUUCGGAUUAAUGAAGCCAUGGAUUGUUAUGGUGCUUUUGUUUGGUCAUCGGCCCUUGUUCUAUGCUACUUUCUGGAAACAAAUACAAAGCAAUAUAAUGUGGUUGACAAAAAUGUAAUUGAAAUUGGAGCUGGAACAGGACUAGUCUCUAUUGUGGCAAGUUUACUUGGUGCUCAUGUGACUGCCACAGAUUUACCUGAAUUACUUGGAAACCUGCAAUAUAAUAUUUCCCGGAACACCAAAAUGAAAUGCAAGCAUCCACCUCAGGUUAAAGAACUUUCCUGGGGAGUUGAUUUAGAGAAGAACUUCCCCAGAUCUUCAAACAAUUUUGACUAUAUCCUGGCAGCAGAUGUUGUCUACGCUCAUCCUUUCCUUGAAGAGCUCCUCAUUACCUUUGACUAUCUGUGUAAAGAAACUACCAUCAUCCUUUGGGUCAUGAAAUUCAGGUUGGAGAAAGAAAAUAAAUUUGUUGAUAGAUUUAGGGAGUUGUUUGACCUAGAGGAAGUGUCCAGUUUUCCUAGCCUGAAUAUCAAGUUGUUUAAAGCUGUGAAGAAAAAUUGGAAGAGUGCAUAAUAUCCUCAAAUAAGGAUUUGGAAGUGCUACAUCAAUUUCCAGUUGAUACUUACUUUAAAGAAGACCCUGAACCAUCUGGAUCUAACUUAA